AUGAAAUUUUGGAUGUGGUCCCUCUGUCCUAUUCCAGGAAAAGCCCCUGACUCAAACCAUCCUAUGGAUGCAUCUGCUUCUGCAUGCCCCACUCAAGGUAACAACUCUAGUAUCCCUUAUAGCUCUACUCAUGCCACUAGUUCUAAGGAAGAUAUGCACCACACUGAUCGUGUCAUUGGUAAUGCUUCACAGCAUGUGGCAUCUACUACUGCCAAUGCUUCACAGUCUGAUGAUCAAGAUGAUAGCUUACUUCACCACUUAAAGCCUAGUGUGGCUAAGCGUAUGAAGACUAGAAAAGGUAGAUUUGUGGCUAAAAUGAUGUCAGCUAAAACAGCUAAGAAGACUGCUGGUGUAGGUCCCUCCAAAUCUUGGAGCAAAAUUGAUGUGAAGAAUAGGAAGGUGAGAGAAGUUUCUGAGUCUGAUGAAGAUGUUGAGGAAGAUGUCCCUGACAUCUCCCUUGUGAAGAGGACAACUGUGAAGAAGUCCCCUGUGAAAGUUGUUACUUGCUAUGAGGGAUUGGUUAAGGAAUUCAUUGUCAACAUUCCUGAAGAUAUUGUUGAUAAAAACAACAAGGAAUUUUGUAAAGUUUUUGUGAGAGGGAAGUGUAUCACAUUUUCUCCCACUGUCAUUAACAAGUUUCUGGGAAGAGGUAUAGAAGGUGCAUGUCAAUUGGAAGCCACAGACAAUAAGGUCUGUAGAGAAAUUACAACAAGACAGGUGAAGGAGUGGCCUAGUAAAAAGCAUCUUCCUGCUGGGAAGUUGACUGUUAAGUAUGCCAUAUUGCAUAAAAUAGGAUCUGCAAAUUGGGUGCCUACCAACCACAUUUCCACAAUUUGA